GUACAAUAACAACGGAAAUACCUAUAGAAGCGUUUUUACUUUUUUGUUCCUUUGUACGUUCUGGGACGCUCAGUUUACUCGUCGGUUGACAACUCCUACCGCGACAAAAUGUUUAUAAUCUUUUUGUACGAAAUCGGUUGUCGGAUCAACCUCCAACCGAUCAACUCAAUAUUUCAAUCUAUAGUUGGGCAGCUGCAUCUCGGCCGUACGCCUUUCAAAGUUAUCAGUAUUUCAUAGUUUCAGGUCACAACUUGCUAGUCGCUUAGUUCAUUCGGAGCUUGUAGAUAUACGAUAUACCUGACAAAAAAUGUUAUUUCAUGAAUUGUAAUCUGUAUUUUGUAUUCGCUUUGCGCUAACGUUGAUUGGUGCGAACCGCAAAUGCCGAGUGCCAUGGGUUAUUAAUUUGUACGGUUAAAAUACCUACAUUAAAUUCAAAAAUCAUACACCGGUUUUCAUAGUAAGAUCGUCUGUGUGGUAGAAUUACAUAUCGAUUGUCAGUAAGCAGCCGUACGAGCUUUUCAAACACACAAUGGAUCUAUCCGAUGAAGAUGAAAACCCUUACGAUUUUGUCGCGCAAUAUAAAAAGCUUCAAAUGGAAAGGAAAAAAAAAGUUGCCGAUGAUAAACAACAACCAAUCGUCAUUAAUACCAUAAAUUCGCAGACUGAAACUUCUGUAAAUGUAACACAAAGUUCUUCUAAACAGUGUGAAGCAUUAACUAAUUCAGUUGUAAAUACUACUGUCAAUUCUACAGCAAGUACUAAUGACCAUGGUUGUAAUACUCAAAGUCAUCACCAGACAAAAGGAAAUUGUGCAACUGAAGAAUCUACUAAUGUGGUUGGACCAGUAAUAUGCAUAGGAGAUUUUGAUGAUGGUUAUGAUAUGUCAUUGCCAAAAGCAUCUAAGGAAAAAACAACUCAUGAAAAAAUGAUGGAGGAUGCUGGCAAUAUUAUGGAUAAUUGGAAAAAAAAACAAAUUGAAGAAGCUGAAGUAGAAGAUGCCUUAGCUGCAGCAAAUCGUGUUAUGAAUGUUAAAGUCUAUUGGCGACAAAUGCGUACAUAUCGUUUUCCUCUUAGAAUGUUUCAGCCAAUUUCAAGUAUUUACGAACAUUUUGCAAAAUUAGAAAAUAUAGAUCCUUCACAUGUUCGUUUGGAUCUACACAAAAAGACUCUUUCACCAACAGACACACCAAAUUCAAUCAACUAUAAGAUAGUAGAUUUCAUUGAUGGUGAAAUAGAAUUUUAUAGGAGCCCUUACGAUACAUCCAAUGUUGUUCCAGAAGUUAAAAAACCACAAGAUGAUUUAGUCAAAUUUUGUAUUAAGCAAAAAGACGUAAAAAAACCAAUUUUUAUAGAAAUUAAAAAAACUGACAAAAUGCUGAUUUUGUAUAUCAAACUAUCAGAAAUUUUAGGAUUUGAUAUAGACUCAUUUACAUUAGAGUUUGAUGGUGAUAAAAUUAAAAAAACUGAUACAAUGGACAAUUUGGAUCUUGAAGGAGAUGAAUGUUUUGAACUCUUCCAGAAACAAUCAAAGAAAUAGAUUUACUACGAGAAUAAAAAUAAUUAUGUUAUAUUUAGUAA